CAGUGCUGUUUCGCUGAAACAGUGGCUUAUGGGGUCGGCUCUUGUAUGAUGUGGGCCGGCAUUUCCUUCGACGGUAAAACCGAGCUUGUUUUCGUGCCUGGCGGGGGACGAGGAGGCGGUCAACUUCGGACGGGUACAUUUCCAAUAUUCUGCUGGAACAUGUCGUUCCCUAUGCGGGAUAUGCCGGUGAUAGCUUCCUCCUUAAGCACGAUAACGCUCGUUGUCACACUGCCCGUGGAACAACUGAAUACUUCGAAGAAGUCUAUAUCGCCACAUUGGACUGGCCUGCGCUCAGCCCUGACUUGAAUCCUAUUCAGCACGUGUGGGAUGAACUGAAGAAUAGGGUUCGUUCCAGAACUUCUGCUCCUUCAUGCCUGAAUGAGCUGAAAUCGGCGUUGAUUGAGAAGUGGGAAGGUAUCCCACAAGAAUCAAUUCAAAAGCUGAUCAGGUCUAUGAAGAAUCGUCUUCGAGGAGUUAUUAGGGCAAGGGAAGGGAACACAAAGUACUGACAUUUAAUUUUAAGGCUAAAUAAAAUUUUUAUUUAUUAAUUUUUGUUGUUUUAUGCAUUCAUUAUUUUUCCAUAUUUCCUUUGUUUCCUAC